AUGGAUUAAUUUGCUAUUGGACUAUUUCCACUUGUCUAUGCUGGCUAUGCAUAAAUUAAAAUCAAAGGAUAUAAAUAAAUUAGAAAUAAACCAGAAACUAUUGCCUUAAAGGUUAAGAUUGGUUUUUAACUCUAAAUUGCAAUCAUUCAAAUAAUUGAAUUAUUUGUUGCACUUUUAAAUAAAGACUUACUAUCUGCUUUAUGUUGUCUCUUCUUAAUCAUUGGAUUAUUUUACUCAUUUGGGAUUACAGUAAUCUUUCAUCAAGAAUCACUCUUAACUUUUUUACCUUUCAUUUUUCUAUUCAAUUUAAUUUGCAAUGAAACCAUUCUCAAAAUAUUUGACUUCCUUAGUUUAGUUUUAUCAUCACUUUUGGUGAUUUACUAACGAUACAGAGGUGAUGAUCCUUUGGAAUAUAGUAACUAUUUAUUUAAUCUCAUUUUAUAGACCCUUUUUGUGAAUUCUUUGAGCAAUAGGAUAAUGUCAUUGCUUAAUACUUGAUUUUAUUGAAAUUUCAACCAAAUACUUAUUUUGAAGAGAUAGAAUUACAUGAAUUGAAUGAAACAGCAAUUCAAGAUCCUUUAUUACAUAAUCAAUAAACUUAAAGUCAUCAAUAGUAACAUCCAACUUCUUAAGUGGCUUAGUUCCUAAUUAAUUAAACUAGAUAAUCAACAAAAUUAGAUCUAAAACAUCCUGAACCUGUAAUUAUGGAUAUUGUAUUUUCCAAAGAUGAUGAUGAAAUUUGGGAUAAAAAAAUUGAAAUUUUUGAUUCACCAAAAUUGUAAAGCAAACGAAGAGUUAGUUCAUCCCAAAUAAUAAUAGAAGAGAAUUCCCAAUCUGAAGAAAUUUCUUAUCCAUCAUUUAAAGAGGAUAUUCCAAAAUCAAAUUUAAUUAGAGGAUAAGUUUCUGAAAAUAAAUCCUAAUCCUAAAGAGAAAUUAAAUAAGAUCAUUAAAAUGAACAAAUAUAUGAGUAGUAAUAAUAAGUUAUACGUUCUGAUGAUGAAAUCGAAAAAAUAAAUAAAGUAGAUACUAGACUAAUUUAAGAUGAUUAAUUGGAAGAAUUGAAAUAUUAUGAACAUCAAUCAUACAAUGAGAUUUAGCCUAUAAUUUAACAAGGAUAAUAACAAGUUAUUGAAAUUGUUGAUAUCGAUAAAUUAGGAGGAUCUGAGAGUCCAUUAAAAUAAGAACCUAUUCCUUUAUAAUAAUUUCCUUUUGUUGAAGACAAUGAAUAUCCUGAUAAACUCAUUGUGAUUCCUUAAAAAAUUCAAUUGGAAUUAAAUAAGAAAAAAUAACAGAAAAAAAAGAAAUAAAAAGAUGAAGGACUUAUUGCAAAAAAAAACAGAAUGAUGAAAAGAAUUAAAAGUUUUGAAGAAUUUUAAGAUAAAAAUGAUGACAAUAAAUCCUAAAAUAGUGAUUUAUAUGAUGAUAAGAAAAGUGAUUAUGAAAGAUAUAAGGAUGAAUUAAGUUCAGCCACAUUAUCUGAAGAUGAAAGUGAGAGUGGAGUUUAUGUUUAAUAGAAAAUGGAAAAAGUUCAAUUUAUAGUAGGGAAAUAAGUUGUUAAAAAACUAAUUAACUAUUAACAUAAAGUUCUGAUUCCUAUAACCAUAAAAGUUAAAAAUGAUUAAUGGGUUUAAAAUUGUUAAUAUGGAGAAUUAUAUUAAUUAGCAAAUGGACAUUUACCAAAACCAUCAUAUGGAGAUGCUGAAAUAGAAAAGAAAUUGUUUUAUAUUUAAUAAUGGUUGGAUGGAAUGAGUUAGAAUCCAAUUCUAAUGAGAAAAGAAAUAUUAGAAUAUUUCAAUGUUCCAGAAUCUAUUAUGAAUAAAUAUGGAUUAGUUAAAAAGAUUGAGGAAGAGACUAGAGUAUAAAGACAUAGCAACAAAUUCUUGAAUUCUACUUAAAAAGAAUACUUUUUAUAGAUCAAAUAAAUAAAAGUUGAUUGCUUUCAUUCAGAAGUAUCAGAGGCUUUUACAUCAAUUGUUUAUUAUAGUUUAAGAUUUACAAUUUAGACAGAGAAAAAAACAAUUAUUUCAGAAUGUGUGAAAACAAUUGAAGAAAUAAAAGAAGCAACAAAAAUAAUAUAAUAAGAAAGAAAUUUAAGGGUUUCAUUAUAGGAUCAUGAAACAACAAAAAAAUAAAUGAAAGCAAUCGAUCAAUUUUUAUAAGAAUUAUUUGGCCAUUAAUUUUAUUAUUGUGAUAAAUUAUUUGAACAAUUUGGACUAUUAUCACAAAUUUAAUGA